CAAUAACAAGAAUGAGAACUCUAUUCUAGGUUCUGAGUCUCAAAAUGCUAACCCUUUACUAUGAGAUUAGAGCCCCUAUUUAUACUAAUAAAAAGGGGGUGGGGGGUGAUGACGUGGCUGAAUAUGACUUGUUGCCAUUCUCGAGCCACUUAGAUGCCCAUACUCCCACUUGCUGAUGCCAUACCUUAUUAUUAAAUGCCCUUUGCCACUUGUAGGCCACCUGUUCCCCGAACGGGGUGAUGGUCCAUGCUGAUUACAUGUUUGAUCUGGCCCAAGUACCCUGGUUGAUCCGAUCCCCGUUCGGGCUAGUUGCUAGGUCUAUUCUUCUUUGAUCCUUGCCGACUAAUGGGCCUGGUAUAUUGGGCUUUUGGCCCAAUAUUCCAACACGAGUCCCCCACUUCUGAUGUCCCGAACGAUAGUGAAGGCAUAAGGAAGUAGAAUAAUUUGGUUGUAUGCCGUUCGACAAUCGUGUAUGGGAUCACGCCGGUUCUCGAUGUCAUGAUUUUAGGCUUACUUGCGGCUGUCGUUUGAUUUUUCCCAUAAUCGUCAUGAUUACUGGACUUUGUUUCUCUGCGUGACACGUGUUUUCCCAAAUGCUCUAGGUGACGUGUUUCCUUUUGGUUGGUCAAUGAAUCGGCGCUUGUAGGCUAUAAGUAGGCCUUUGGUUCUCUGGUUCCGGGUUUUGAAUUUUCAGAUCCUUCGUGCUCUUGCUCUGCCUUCUCUCUAGAACUCUUCAAGCUCCGUCCGUUCAGGUACACUUUGCUCCUCCUUACUUUUUUCACUUCGUGUUCGGUCAACAUGCCUUCUCGAUCACCUUCUUCUGGAUCGAAUUCGGAUUCCGCCACUCAAGGGGAUCUCCAUGACGCCGCUGCACAAGAAGCUAUAACAGUUCCCUUUGUUGAUGUUGCCAAUGAUGCGACUGUGGGGGUGGUUGAUGAAGAUCCUUCAGGCGACUCUGCUUCUGGCGAGGACUCUAAUGGCACGAUGUCCGAUGAUGAACUUGCUUCAAUGGUGGCUGGCCCCCCAGGUGAUGUCCCUCGUUAUAGGGUUGACCUGAGAUUAAUCAGGGAGAGGAGGCAAAAAUUGACUUCUCACAAUAGGGCCCAAAUUCCAUCCUUAAUUCCGGACCCGAUGGAUUUCCGUCUUCGGGCUCGGCUUCACCCAAUGCGCCACCUCCCUGGGAUGGUGGUCGUCCAUUUAGAUUCAGUAAAAGCUGGGCUUAGGUUUCCCCUGCACCCAUUUUUCGUGUCCUUCCUCAAAUUCUAUGAAGUAGUACCGACCUAAAUCAUGCCGAACUCCUAUCGGGUGAUGGCCAGCUUCAUUUGCCGUUGUGUGGAUGCCAAUAUUACACCCAAUCCGGAACUAUUCCAUCAAUUUUUUAAGGCCCCCCUAGCAGACGCAUGGAUACUUGGCUGCAACUGCCCGAACGAGUCAUAUUUUAUUUAAGGGCAACCUUACCUCAAUCAAGGAGUGGAAAGACCGGUUCUUCUUCGUUUUUGUCCCGGACGACUUGAUUCCUAAUAGGUGGAAUGCUUUCCCCCGUAAAUCUCCCGAUUCGCUUCUUACUGAGCAAAUUUGCAAGGAUGUUUUCGCGGUGGAAAAGGACAAAACUUGUGACAUUAUAGGAUAUCUGACUCAUGAUCGGCUUAUCAAAGCCGAGAUAGGUACUGCCCGCACUCUUGGGUUUGCUUGACUGAAAACCAAGUGCCAUGGGCCGGGCGGUCCUUCCCGUGCGAGAAACGUCCUUUUCUAGUUUCCCACGUGGUAUGAUCGCUCGAUACUAACUCUUAUCUUGUUAUUAUUUUUUCAGUCCCAAAUCCAGACGUCCCCAUGGAUGACAGCCGUGUGCUUGUUGCCGGUGGAGUAGGAAAGAGGAAGAAAUCCAGGAAGAAUCCUCAACCUAAGCCAUCACUCAGCGCUUCACAACACACUGGGCCUCCUCAGCCCGUUCAGGAGCCUGACCCUAUUCAGCAGGUUCCCCAUCAUCAGGAGCCUGAUGAUAUGAUGAUUGAUAACCCGUUCGGGUCUGAGCAAAUGCAAUUCUUCACGGAGCAAUUCCAGGCCGCCCAAGAUACAAUCUUGGGGGCCAAUCAGGUCAAUCCUGCCAAUCUUGCAGGACAGAUCGAACGGAUCACUCUGGAGGAUCCUGUUCACGAGAUCAUGGAAAUAGCUGGUUCCUCCGUGAGCCAAGUCUGGUCCACCUCUGCUUAUUUUAAUAACUUCCCGCUCCCAACAAUGCCGAUCGGUCGGGCAGAGGAAUGUGUGGCCUUAACGACCUUGAAGGUACUUUGUUCUCCCUGUACUUUGUUUCACAUCUUAUCAUGCAACCUUUAUCUCAUAUUUUAUCCCCGAACGGGGCCUUGUAGAUGGGUUUGUACAGCUUGCAGCUGAGGGAGGCCCGUUUGGCCAAGGAACGGGAUCUGAUCAUUGCCCAAACAUUUGCAGAGUAGGCUGCUGCUGCUGCCACUACUGCUGCUGAGGUCGAACGGAAGGUUUUUGCAGAGCAAAAACAGAAGCUAAAGGAGGAGCUUCGGGAGCUUUGGGUCCAGUUGGCUGCUUCCCAAGCCAAAGUCUUGGAUGUUGAGGCCGUUCAGAUUAAAUUUGAAGAGAUGCCCCCUGCAAAUCAGACGGUCCUGCUAAAGUGAAUGUGGACCUGUCCACUGUCCGGGAAGCGUUCAAAUCUUCUGAUGAAUUUUCUAUCAUCAAGGAGGAGUAUGCUCGACAACAGCUCCCAGUAAUUUUCGGGGCUCAUAUUGACAAGUUCCCAUGGGGGGGCCGAACAACAUAAGGCAGGAGUUGACCUGUUGGACAAGGAUCCCCGCGGCAAAAGUUGGAACGAUUCCUUGGCUUCGGACCUCUAUAUCAAGGGCUGCCAGCAUAUUCUGCGGCCCUUUUUGGACCAGCUACAGCAAAGCCUGGGGAGACCAAUCGAUGCCUCCGAUCUUCCCCUAGUCCCAAUCGUCCAUGCCCAGUUCGAAAAAUACGAACGAGAUAUGAAGCGGAUGGCCGAUCGUGAGGCCGGUUUAGAGCCGGAUCCUCCCUCUGAUGAAGAAGAGGAUGAAGAUGAAGUUUAGGAUCCGUAGAUUAGCUUUUAUUCUGAACCCCUUUUAUUUUGACUUUAAGAUCACUGUAUCUCCCGGCCGGUAGAGCCGAUGAAUACAUACUUAUCUUUUUGCUCACUACCUUCUUAUUUUGUUUUUGGGUUGCCCUUCAGGAUUCAGCUAGUUUUAUAGGACUUGGCCGUUUCUCAUGUUUCUGAUGCGGAUACUAAGGGUUUGGACGUAUCUCCUCUUUCAAACUAUAGAUAUGAUUUCCUGUUCGGGUCAUCUCCUGCCUAAAGUUGAAAUGGAGAUACGUCCAAAUCAAUAGCUUGGAUUCCACCCUCUGAUUCGUUUUAUUUUAAUUUUUUUUAAAAAAAUCAUGGUUCUGACUCCCCUGUACCUUAGCUUUGUUUCGUUUCUUUGCAGGAGUGAUUCCUCUUGCUGCCGUUUGGUGUCCCACACCUGCUCCUACUUCGACGGCCUGCAUUGGGAAAGGCAAGGAGAAAUUGAUUGCUGGAAACCGGAAUGAUGCCGAACAAGCCCAGAAGAGGUGUCGGGGAGAUGAUGGCACCCAUUUUGUCCCGAGUGAUCAUAUUGUUGAUUUAACUGGUCCAGAGACUGAGCCCAAGAGGCCUAUCAUCCCAACUGCCAAGUCAGGGGAUCAAAUCCUUAUCAACUUGCCGGUCGACGAUCAGAUGCUUCUGGAGUUCUCCAAUAUGGGGCCUCGUUUAUAGGGGAGGUACUUGUUUGGGCAGACACCGACCUCUAUGUGGUGUAACACAUCCCUGAAGGCUCCCCCCAGUUUCACCAAUUUGACCCAUUGGUCUGACCUGGUCGAAGCGGGUCAUCUUGAGGCCCUCAAGGCCGACGUAUAUUACCAUCGAGCUUUUCUGGCGGCUGAACGGGAGAUGAAGAUUCUGGCCACCGAUCGGGAUGAUAACCAGGUCCUUCUAGCUAGGGCUGAAUUCGGUUCGGUUCCCGAACCGAAAUAGGAAAUAUCCGAACCGAACCGAUCUUUCGGUUUCGUAUAUUCUAUAACCCGAAACCGAACCGAUCUAAGUUGGGACCCAAUUUUUCGGAAACCGAAUUUUCGGUCCGGUUUUUUGGUUUUUGUGAAAAUACCGAAUGGGUAUUCAAUAUUUGUUUAUAUUGUAGCUAAUACUCGCACUCAAGCUUUACUAGCAACUUAGUCUUUAUCAGCUAUGAAGGAGCGAUUAUAUAGGCUCAAAUGAGGAGUGAAUCCUCUAUUUCAUCCGGUGUGGGACGAGUUGUAGGCUGAAGAAAAUCAAAUUGGAAGAAUUGGGGCGGAAGAACAGCAAAAAAUGUUUAACGUAAUCCGUCCUUGGGGGGAUUCGAACACGGGUGACACGAAGGGAGCGUGUUACCUGUCACCGCUGAGCUACUCCGGAUUACUGGCAAAUCGGGAUGCCAAAUGUAUUACAUACAUUAGUUAAAGAAAUUAAAUAAAAUAAUUUAAAACUAUUAUUUAAUAAAUAAAUCGGUUCGGUUUGGUUUGAACCGAUUUUCAAUAUCAAAGAACCGGUUCCGAACCGAUUUUUCUUCGGGUCCCAACUUUCGGGUCCCAAUCAAGUCGGUUCGGUUUCGGUUCGGUUUUUUUUCCCGCUCGGUUCGGGUUUUUUCGGUUCGGUUUUCGGUUUUUCGGUUAAAAAUUCCAGCCCUACUUCUAGCUGCUGCCCGUAAGUUGGCCACAGAUUUGCAGGAUCGUGCUAGUAAGGGUGAAAAAACAUUGACCGAGCUGGCGGAGAGGGUCCGCCGUCGCGAUCGGGAGAUCAAGGACCUUAAGGCAAAGGUGAAUGUGGCUGAAUCUGCCGGGAUGAAGUUUGAUAAGGCCGAGGGAGAAAAUCCACCCGCUCCUUAUUCUGCCAAUAUUUCCAAGAUCACCAGACAAACAGUGAUAGAUUAUCAACGAGGGAAAGGAGUGAAUGUCGCCCUGGAAGAAACCGCUCGGCAAUUCUUGGGGCCUCAUCUCGGUCAGUUAGUGCGUGACAGUGAGGACCCUAUCAAAGAGGGAAUCGAGCUUCUGGAUAGCACGCCAGAAGGGAAAGCUUUCAUAGAUGCUCUGACCCAGGAAACAGUUACAAAGAGCCAAGAUCUGUUGGUUGAUAGAAACCUCGAUUUGAUCAUGGAGCAUUUCCCAAAGCCGUUCGACCCUGACGAGUUAGGUUUCGAUGAUCUGUUUGGCAACACCUAUGAUCGGGUUAUGGAGAAGAGGCAAAAAGCAGGGACUGCCGAUCCUUCCCCGACCAGGGAUCCGUAGAUAUAACCUUUAUCUUUUUUCCUUUUUGUAUGUCUCCUGAUUUUUCUUGUAUUCCCCGG